CAAAUGGCGAGCAGCCGCGCUUAACCUCAGCGAGCCAUAUUCAUUCUGCGCACUCACCGACUCGAUGGCACUAUAGACCCUGACGCGGCCCCGGCACCUACACAGGCUUGAAGACAUGAUCACUAGCUCCAGUAUUUAUGGUUUAAAGAUGCAGUGGACCCCAGAGCACACACAAUGGGCUGAACAACACUUUGACAUCUCAUCCACUACCCGCUCGCCAGCACACAAAGUAGAGGCCUAUCGGGGCCACUUACAACGAACAUACCAGUAUGCAUGGGCAAACGAUGACAUCUCUGCACUGACGGCCUCCAAUCUGCUUAAGAAAUAUGCAGAAAAGUACUCCGGGAUCCUAGAGGGCCCAAAUGAGAGAGCCCUGCUGUGUUCUUACUCUGAUAGCACCACUGGACUCAUGAAUGGACGAAAGUCAGAGAAUGAGUGCUGGCAGGAGGGGAUUUACCCAAUGAACUGUGCUCCAGAUGUUAUAUCUGUGAGCAAAGCUGGAAUGACAGCUGCACUACCCCCUACAGAUGUGUCGGCUAGCAUAGGCAGCUCCCCGGGGGUGGCCAGCAGCUUGUCUGAGCCUAGCUAUUCCAGCAGUAACUGUGGGAGCCACACAGCCACUACUCUCCACUCAGGCCUCCCCUCUCAGGAAUAUACUGCCAGCUACAACGGCUCUUACCUGCAUUCUAGCUACAGUGGCCAGAGUACUCCCGCCCUACCCUCCCCACACCCUUCUCCUUUGCACAGUGCUGGGCUCUUACAACCACCGCCUCCACCUCCUCCCCCUACCUUAGUGCCGAGCUACAACACUGGGUCUCCAAACCUUCCCAGCUACAAUUAUCCUCCAACAGGGUAUCCUUCUCAGACUGCUGUUGGCCCUGGUUAUAGCCCUGGGGGAGCACCCCCUGCUUCUGCUUAUCUGCCAUCCGGUAUCGCAGCUCCGACACCAAUCCCUCUUUCCACCCUGCCUGGCUACACCUACCAGUCCCAUAACCAUACACCAAUUGCACCAACACCUUUGAACGGAAGCUCAUCCAACUUGUUAAAACGAAAAGCUUUCUACAUGAGUGGACAUGAAGAUAUGGACUCUAGCUAUGGUAAUUUCAACUACAACCAACAGCGCUCUUCACAGAGCCCGAUGUACAGAAUAACAGACAGUGUCUUAGACUCAAACAGGGGCAGUGGCUUUGACAGAAAUGCUGAAGCAUCGUCUUUAGCAUUCAAGCCAACCAAACAGCCAAUGUCUUCUGAUCAAGAAAGAACAUUUAUUCUACACUCUGGCAGAGCACUAACUCCCCCAUCCUAUGGAUUAACCAAAAGCUCUGUGGGUGAUCUCAGAACCGAGUCCUACAGCAAGUUUGGAUCCCCUGUCAUGAGCGAACAGACUGAAGAGCACACACAACACCUCUCUCACUCCCUAACAGGGCCUGGCAUUGGUGCAGCUACCUCGUCCAUCCAUGCUGCAGAGGAACAACUGAAGAAUAGUGACUCCAACCUGGUGGAGAUGGUGACCACAGAAAUUCUUCAGCAAGGCCCUCCAGUGGACUGGAGCGACAUUGUGGGACUUGAUAUGGCCAAAGCAGUCAUUAAAGAGGAGAUAAUAUGGCCCAUUUUAAGGCCAGAUAUGUUUAGUGGACUUACCACAUUACCUCGGAGCCUCCUUUUAUUUGGACCUCAGGGAACUGGUAGAACACUGCUAGCUCACUGCAUGGCCAGCCAACUGGGGGCUGCCUUCUUGCAACUCAGCAGCUCAGCUCUGGUCACCAAGUGGCUAGGGGAAGGGGACAAGAUCAUUCAAGCUUCUUUUCUGGUGGCCCGGUGUCGCCAGCCAGCAGUGGUGUUCAUCAAAGAGGUGGACCUGCUGCUCUCAGACCAGCUAAGUGAGGAGAGUCCAUUGAACCGCCUCAAGACUGAGCUCCUCAUGCAGCUUGACAAUAUUCUGACCUCCGCUGAGGACCAUGUCCUCGUGGUCUGCUCCACCAAUAAGCCUGAAGAGAUUCCAGAGUCCCUACGGAGGUACUUUACCAAGCGACUGCUCAUCCCCUCGCCUGAUGGGACAGCACGACACCAGAUAAUCAGCCAACUGCUCUCACAGCACAACUACUGUCUUAGUGACAAAGAGAUGUCACUCCUGGUUCAGAGGACAGAGGGCUUUUCUGGACUGGAUGUGGCUCAGCUGUGUCAACAGGCUGUGGUAGGUCCUCUCCAUGGCAUUCCUGGUACUAACCUGUCAACCAUCCACCCCACUCUCAUGAGACCAGUCUCCUACCAAGACUUUGACAGUGUGUUUUGCAAAUUCCAGCCUAGCAUAUCACAAAAACAACUUGACAUGUACACUGAGUGGAAUAAAACGUUUGGUUGCAGUCAAUGAAAAAGACUCAUCAAACACAAUGUCUUUAAACUGUCGUUAAACCCUGUAGUUCAAUACACAAGUUGUUGACCUUCAAUGAAAGAGAAACAUAAUUAACAAUUGUGACAUGAAAAUACUAUAUAGAGUAAAAGGAUUGCCCUUUGACCAAAUAUGACAGUCUGGACAUCACACAUUGUAAACGUUAAUUGUGGCUGACUUCAGAUUCUCACUAAAACUGUAACGAUUUUGAAGAAGUUUCCCGCCCCUUUUUUGUGUAUAUAUAUAUAUAUAUAUAUAUAUAUAUAUAUAUAUACACACACACUAUUCUGCUGAUCUUGAGAUUGUGUUGCUAUCAAGUGCCUAAGGUGGUGCUGUUAAGUAUUUUUGUUCUUUUUGCCUCACAAUCUUCAUUGGUGACAUGUGCUAAUAUUUUUUUUUUUAAGCUUUAAAAUGAGACAAAAAAUGUGCUCUCUGUUUUACAUUUGUGUUCUACAGCUGUGUCUUUUGUGCUCUCUGUGAACAGUUGUGGUUAAUUAGAGGUAAACUACAUGUGUUGGUAUAAUUUCAGUUGGGCUUCAUUACCUGACAUAGGUGUUAUCAAUGUGUAAAUCCUUUAAUUACAAUACCAUGGACAUACUUUACGUACAAUGUGAUUUGUUUUCUAGCAAACAUUUAGGUGAAUUUGGCUGCUGUACUCUCCACUAAAGAUCAACAAAUACUAUUUUACAAUAUGACCUCAGUCUAAACAAUAAAUUACGAUGUAAUGCUUUUAGAAUACUGUUUCAAUAGUAAUUCAUAGUGUUUCACAUAAAUGUAAAAUUCUAACAUUAAUUCCUUUGAUUUUCUCUAUUUUAAAACUCAGGAAAGUGAAGAUGAUAUGUACAGUACCUCAUACGCUUGUGGCAACGCAUCACUGCAAAAGCAUUUGGCUUGCAUCUGAAAUUCCAUCAUCGAACAAAUCUAAAGCUAUACAAUACCUCAAAAAGCUCAGAAUGAAAUUAUACGGUUUCUACAAUGAAUGUAUGAUAGUAAAUCUGGUUUAUUCAUAAGAAAAAAAAGUAAUUAGUUUGGGUCUCUUUAUUUUAGCUUGUGGUGAUGCAGACCUGAGAGAAAUUCAAAAGUUGCAGACAAACAUCUUGGGGUUUAGGAAGACAGCUGCCCCAAGCUAUUUCAUUCCAUCCUUCUGAUGUUUUAUCAUUAAUGAAACCUAAGGAUUAUGUAUAGCCUAAGUUAAUUUCUACCUCAGUUUGUUGGUUAUCUCUGGAAGUCACAUACAUCAAGCGUGAACAAUGUCAGCACCUAUUUUGCUUGUUUUAAGAGGAAACCUUUUGAGAGAACACCAAACAGUGUUUUGUUGUGAACCAAAUCUAUUAGCUUUACAUUCUGAUAACUCCCAAGAACCACAUAAUGCACUUAAAGGGGAAUACCACUGAAUAUCAGGUCUGGAAUACACUAUGCCUUUGCCUUAGGACACAUUGGUCUGUAGUAGCUAACAUUCACCAGUGGAUGUUGUUGCCAUUGCUUGUUUGGCCCCUGAAUAUGUGAUGUCAAAUGUGACAGCUGUUCGUACACAUCAUCUGGCUUGAAACCAAUUCCAUUAUGAUAAUAUAAAAUAUUGGUUUGUCUCUCUUAGGUCAUAACUGUAACAUUCAUGAAUUGAGUGGCAUUCCUUUUUAAGAACAUGUCUUGACUGUACACAAAACUGUUAUUUUUACUAAAUGUUGUAAUUUUCACAUUUACAUGUUUAAACAUUUGUAUGUUUACACUGCUGUUAAUCAUUACUUGCUGCCAUUAACCAGUAUAUUUCCAUGCAACUUUUUUUGGGACAAUGAAAGAUCAGGACUGACAGCUGAAUUGGCAAGUAAGCAAUGUUAUUGAAUGUAAUAUGUCCUCUGUGCAGUAAGGAAAGCAAAGCACUCGCACAUUGAAAACUGCCACUGAAGUAGAUAGCACUGUAGGUGUACGUGUACCGCAGAGGCACUAAAGGACCUUGUGUUUGUUUUUUACAAAGAGUUCCCUUCAUCUUUGUUGCCUAUUGCACAUGUUGUACGUGUUCUUUAUUAUUAUACAAUGUGGAUAUUGAUUGAUUGAUAAAUACUGUACAAACGUAGUUAAUUAAACAUAGACCUUUUUUACUUUCUGUAUACAUACACAACAUCCAGGGGAUCCAUAGACACAUUUGUUUACUCAUUAAAGUGUCCAGCAAAGUCCAUUUGGAAGUUUCAAACAUGAAAAAUGUGUAGUUAAACAGAAAAAAUAGGCAAAUAAUCAUGUAAAAUACUUUUUAAAAAGCCCCUUAACUAGUUUAUCAUUUGUGAAUGCACUUUGAGGUGUUUAUUGGUUUAGAACUUGCUUGAAGCCAAAGUGAAACAGUUUUGAACACUUUUGAAUAGGGUGAUUUAUUUUUGGAAGUUUCAGUGACCUUAAUACCACAGUAUGAUCUGUGGACAUUGGACACGAGGCAUUGCAAGUUAUUAUAUCGCAAGUAUGUAAAAUAUAUGUAGGUUUUGUAAAACAUUUGUAGUUUUUCACUUUUGUCUGGUCUGAGUUUAUUAGUUUAUGGAGUUCAUUCACCCCUUCCUGGGGACCAAAUCAAAACUUGGCUAAUUUGUUUCUAUUCAAAAAAGCAGAACUUGUCAUAUACCACAAAUUGUGUUACACGCUAGACUAUAAUUGUGUUGUGUUCAUGAUUGAUAAUUUUAAGAAGUAAUUAAACUCAUAGCACAUUUUUUAUCAAGAAGGGGAUAAGGAACCCUCAGUUCCAUAAACAAUAACAGAUUUCACAAGAUUAAGAGGAUCACUGUUCAUGAAUUUACCAAGAGAUAUAUGUUAAAAGGGGGAAAACUCAAAUUAAGUAGUACUUGUAAUCACUCUGACAUCAACAGCUUUUUAAAAAUGUUUUUUUACUAUUGUCUCUAACAGGGCACUAGAGCACACUGUAAUACAAGGCAGAUAGAUAAUAAGUUACAUUUGUAUGAUUUUAUUUGCAUCACAGCUAGAGAGUGAAACGCCUUACAGCAACAUCUGAUAUUAGGAAGACAAUGGCAGUUAUUUAGAUAGGGUGUAUAUUUCAAACAGAUGUAACAUAAUAAUUUGUUAUUGAGGGUGAUGGGAUGAAAGGGCCAACAGCCACAACCAACACAUGAGCAGAACCUAUGAGAAGCACAUUGAGUCUCACAGUGACGCCAACUCAGCCACUUGAAUUGCUUUUUUUCCUAAAUAUGUCAGUAUAUCUGUAAUCAUUUUUUGUUGAGAACUGCUUCAGACUUUGAUUCCAUCUUUAUGUAGUUCUAUAAUCUGUUAUUCUUUAUAACCAUUUCUACCUCAUUGCUACAUAUUGUAGUACUUAUGUCCUGUCAUUUUGAAUGUCAUGCAUUUGUGGAUAAAAAUUAUUUUUUUCUUUUUUGAAGAAGAAGAAGAUAAAAUAAAGAAAAUAUGCGUGCCCUUGAAUCCGAGCAGUCUAGCUCACAAAGACUGUCUUUACACUAUCAAGUACAAGUCAAGAAAAAAAUAUGGCACCUUGAAGGCAAGGAAACCACUAUUCAUACUAACGUACUGUUUAUUUACAAUACCACCUGUCCAUUGAAUUGCUGUAAAGAUGUUUCACAAAGGCACCGAAGCAAUUCCAAUUAAUUUCCUAAAACUAACAAAUUGCUUUAUUUCCUGUAAAUUGUUGUAGUGCGCAUGUUAUCGUGUGUGUAUGUGCACUUGCAAUCCACAUCCAAGUAUGAGGGGAUUACUUUAAGAAAAGAAAAAUCAGAGUUUUUACUUUUCAUAUUCAUGUACAGAGAAUAAACUUGCACAUAGCUGUACGUAUUGUACAUUUGCUAAUGAUAUACAGCAUACAUAAAAACAAUUCACCACAUACAUGUGUAUAUGUGUGUAUCAAUUUAAAUGUAUUUGAAUUUCAAGGUACAUGAAGGUUAUUGAAAUACUAAAUAAAGUCGUUAUACCUUUUUUUGCUGAAAACUGGAUAUAUUUUGUAACUGUACUUAAUUAAAUUUGCAAUAGUGUAAUUCAUUUAAGCCUGUGCUAUUUCCGUUUCAAGCUUUUGUGUGUGGAACACCGUGUCAGAGCCAUGACAAUUUAAAUUAUAACUUCUUUGUUUCACUGGUGUUUGACAACAAUAAAGUGAAAUUAAUUCAGUUUGCGGCGGUUUACAGAGAAUGAUUUUAUGGCUUACUUUUUAUUUCAUUCCUCUCACCGAAACACCUCGAAUAAUCCAUGAUAACUUUUUAAUUCAUACUUUUUUUAAAUUAGGAAGUAAACAGCUGUGUUUAAACAUCCGCUUUCAUGUAAUUAUGAACUAGUAUAGGUGUUGUAUGCAUGGGAAGUUUCUGUGCAAAUUAACUAAUGAGAAAAAUACCCGGCAUAUGUGUCAGUGUUGGUAAUUCUCUUUUUUUAUCCCGUGAGUUUGUCAAUAUCAGCUGUUGGUGGAGUUUAUAACCAUAACUAACAUAUAUGUACUAUUUCAUGAUUCAAAACACGGGGUGUAAAACAAAUCAAAUACAUUAUGUACCUGUA